AGGUCAGCAGAUACUCUUUCUCUUCAUUACUUAAAAAUGGCAACGGCACCUGCAUUAAAAGUUAUGACCGGUGUAGCGAGAGAUAUAUCACCGCUAUACUACAGGAUACUGUCAAAAUUUCCACAGAAUUUUACAUUCUGCUUCGCCUACGGAUCUGCCGUGAAACCACAAAUGGGAAACAAUAAGAAGCAAAACAUGAUCGAUUUAAUAUACUGCGUAGAUAAUUCAUAUCGAUGGCACGCGGCUAACAUCGCAACGAACCCAUCGCACUAUUCCGCCCUGCGCUUCCUGGGCAAAGGGUUUGUUGCAAGGUUUCAGGAGAACUGGGGUGCUAAGGUUUAUUUUAACACCCUUGUUGAAGUGAAAGAAGAGAAUAUCCUAAUAAAGUAUGGGGUGGUGUCACAGAAAGAUUUGAUUGCCGAUCUUCUAGACUGGAAUGAUUUAUAUCUGGCUGGCAGACUGCACAAACCAGUAGAAAUUAUAAAGCAAACCAAUAGUUCACAGCUACAGGGUGCACUGCAGGCUAAUCUGCGCUCUGCAGUCCACACAGCACUCCUGACUCUUCCAGAAACGUUCUCUGAGUAUGAUUUCUAUUUUGCUAUUUCUAACAUAAGUUAUGCUGGUGACUUUAGAAUGACCUUCGGAGAAAAUAAAAAUAAAGUAAGGAACAUAGUGCAGCCACAGUUGUUAAGCUUUCGAGAAUUAUACCAGCCAAUCUUACAGCAGUUCCAUGCUUACGUUGACAUCCCAACUGGUGACGCCCAGUGCCAUCAGGAUGUAAACCCAGAGACAAAGUUACACCAUUUGAUGCAGUUGCCGAUGGUACCACAACAAAAGAUUGUUAAGUUUUGGAACCAUGGGGGCCUCCAACAAGACAUGGAAGAUGUCCUCCGCGCUGUAGCUUAUGAUAUUGACUGUGCUGUGGUAUUGAGGCAGAUCCUGAAGGAUAUAGUUUGGCAGUCCAGUGUGAGGCAAUCAUUAAAAGGCAUACUUACAGCUGGCUUUCUGAAGUCAGUUCGUUAUAGUGCUAAAAAAAUAGCAAAAAUGUUUUAAUUAUAAUUUGUAGUUUUGUAUAUAUGUAUGUAAUAAAGGUAGUAAGUAAAUUA